AUGAUAUAAUAUGUAUUACUUUUAAUGUAAUUUAGUUUAUUAAUAAAAGAGAGAAAAAGAUGAUCAUUAAGAGGAGAUUGGAACUGUCUGAUAUACUUAGAUUUGUUAAAAAUUCAAAUUAAAUUGCUUUGGGAAGAAUCCAUCAUGAUCAUUUUCAUGAUGUUGAAAAAAUCAAUAGCUUGAAUGAUUUCAUUGAUAUAAAAAAUAAAGAAUGCGAUGAUUUAUUGAUGAUCUUAAUAAAUUUGUAGAAAAUAUGA